AUGAGACUUCUGUGGUGGAUGUGCUCCUUGACACACUUCGUGUCUCUUGUGAGUGCUGAUUCCGAUUGUAUCGGUACAUGGUGUGACACAUGCCUACCCGUGACUAUCCACGAUGCACCGGGGGUUGGCUUCGAUCUGACACCUCUAUAUGGGACGGCCGUGGUGAAGUAUUACAAUGGGACUUUUGUCGAGGUUGCCAAGAUUCAGGGGAAUCCGGAAUACCUCAAGCUUAUGGCACGCCUCGCUAUAUCCGAGCCAGUACUACAAUCAACUCGAAAUUUUAUGCACAAACUUUCAUCCUGCUUGGUGGAAUAUCUCUUCCCAAGCGUCUCGUCGCCCUGGAGAGACUGGUGGCGUCGGCUGAACAUGAAACUAGGCCGACCGAUAAAAGCAGAUGGUGUCGAAAUUAUUAGUGAUUUACUCCAAGAGCUGAAAAUCGCCACCGAAAAGGCAAUUUCCCAGCCUCUGGAUCGGGUUGCUGUUACAGAGCCAGGUUUCCAGGCGCUGAGCCCGGCUAUGGUUAACGCUGCACUCCGAGUCCUAGGUUUGCGCACAUGGCUACGCGACAGCGUUUAUUACCCCUCUCGCUUAGCGGAAGGAGAUGCUGUGUAUGCAGCGAAUGGUUAUGGUUUAUGCAUUAACUACCUAGAUCGGUUCCAAUGCGCGGAUGAAUUUGAACAUUCGCCAGUUCCUACCGUUUUUGUGGUUUCCUACAACCACAAUCUCUUAUACACUAGUAUCAUAGACUAUGCUACUAGUGAAGCUUUCUCUUUCAUUUCAGGUCUUCAGGCGCAACUCGUGGACUACGACCUUGGCCUGGAUAAUCUUGUCAAGAAUGACCAAGACCAAACCGCAUUUUGGGAUCGUCUCCGUUCACAACUCCAGAUACUUCCUCGGGAGUCCGAAUAUACUAUCACGCACAUCCUGCUAGCUGGCGAAAGCGUCACACACCCUCGCUUCCUAGCUUUUCUUAGAGAAUCUAUGUCGAAACUGUCGCUUGAUCCUGCGAUGGCCAAAAUUCAACUCGCCAUAGAUCCAACUUUUGCAGCAGCGCGGGGUGCAGCACUUUACGCACGAAGGCGUCAAGAGGUGCCGAGCGACUGCUAUGAAAAAUUGGAAUGCAAAGAAAUGAGGUUACGCGAGCGGUUACACACUUCCACGCGAAAGGAACUUCGGUAA